CUGCAGGGCACUCGUCAACGCCAGCAAGCCGCCGCCCCCACCCACACCCAGUACUAGCAGCCAUGCCCAAGUCCGCGCACUCCGUCGAAGGCGCCUCCGCCGUGGAGGACCACGCCGCCAUGAAGAAGCAGUGGCAGACCAACCUGGAGAUCGACCUGCUCAAGAGCGCCUGGAUCCGCAAGGACCGCGAGCAGCACGGAGCGCACACGACGCCCCCGCUCUCGGCCGCCAAGUGAGGCCUCGCGCAGCCGGCGCGGCCGGUUUAGCGGGAAUAGUGAGGGAUCGGAGACACAGGGAGGAAGAAGAAGAAGAAGAAGGAGAAGAUGGUCAAGACGCCGAGCGCCUGCCUGCGAGGGUGGCCGUUAUGGCGCGCACAAGGCGGCGGCUGACCAGCUUGCGAGGUUUUGCGAGCGAGGCGGCCGUCGAGAUGAAGGGGAUCGACACGCGCGCGCAAAGAGGAGGAAGAAGUCACCUGCGCCUUUUGAUGGCUGCAGCGGCGUUCUCCUCGCCCGCCGGCUGCUUGGACGCAAGCGGCCGCGACGUCGCCCCGAGCAUCGUACAGUAUGAGAGAGAAGCGGAAGAGAAGGGAAGCGAAGGAAGCAGCGCGCAGUCAGUCAGCCAGUCGCUCGGACUGCCUUUGAGAUAUUUAGCAACCAUGAUAUAAAUUAUACACUACACAUUUGAGCUGCC